UUUCUCACCUACACUAAAUUUCGCUAUAAAUUCUCUUCCAUUGCGUCUCAUCUUCCUUCAGGCACCUUCCUCCAAUCCCUAGCCAUUAAGGACAGAGCCAAUCUCUCUCUCUCUCUGGAAAACAAUGGCUUUGAGGAGCUGUAGUUCUCUUCUUCCCACUAAAGUAUUGGUGCAGCCCCUAUCUGGUUCCCAUACACACGAAUCAUCUCUCUCCACCAAUGCCAAAUCCAUCAGAUCCAUCAAACCCAUCUCCGCCGUCCACGCGGCUGAGCCCUCCAAGAAUCCCAUUGUCCCCGACAAGCCGCCCAAGCCCACCACCACCUCCGCCGCCGUUGCCGCGGUUUCCCAGCCGGCGACGAAGCCGGACGCCGCUCCGAAGACGUGGAGCGUCGAGAGCUGGAAGACCAAGAAGGCGCUGCAGCUUCCCGAGUACCCGGAUCCGGAAGAGCUCGAGGCGGUGCUCCGGACCCUGGAGGCGUUCCCCCCAAUCGUGUUUGCCGGCGAGGCCAGGAGCCUCGAGGAACGCCUCGCCGAGGCUGCCAUGGGCAAUGCGUUUCUGCUGCAAGGGGGCGAUUGCGCCGAGAGCUUCAAGGAGUUCCAUGCCAACAACAUUCGUGAUACCUUCAGGAUCCUCCUCCAGAUGGGCGCCGUGCUGAUGUUCGGUGGGCAAAUGCCUGUCAUCAAGGUGGGAAGAAUGGCGGGCCAGUUUGCAAAGCCUAGGUCGGAGCCGUUUGAGGAGAAGAACGGCGUGAAAUUGCCGAGUUACAGGGGGGACAAUGUCAAUGGAGAUGCGUUCGAUACCAAAUCGAGGACUCCAGAUCCACAGAGGAUGAUAAGAGCCUAUUGUCAAUCUGCGGCAACUUUGAAUCUCUUGAGGGCUUUCGCCACUGGAGGCUAUGCUGCAAUGCAGAGGGUCACCCAGUGGAAUCUCGAUUUCACAGAGCACAGCGAACAGGGAGACAGGUACUACGAACUAGCUCACCGUGUUGAUGAGGCCCUUGGAUUCAUGGCUGCCGCUGGACUUACAUUUGAUCAUCCUAUCAUGACAACCACCGAAUUUUGGACUUCACACGAGUGCCUUCUCUUACCUUAUGAGCAAUCACUGACUCGGAUGGAUUCCACUUCUGGCUUGUACUAUGAUUGUUCUGCACAUUUCCUUUGGGUUGGUGAACGAACUCGGCAGUUGGAUGGCGCUCAUGUGGAGUUUCUGAGAGGAGUUGCUAAUCCCCUUGGAAUUAAGGUGAGUGACAAAAUGGUUCCAAAUGAGCUGGUUAAGCUCAUUGAGAUUUUGAAUCCUCAGAAUAAACCAGGGAGAAUUACGAUUAUCACAAGAAUGGGAGCAGAGAACAUGAGAGUAAAGCUUCCUCAUUUAAUUAGAGCAGUUCGUCGGGCAGGGCAAAUUGUAACAUGGGUUAGUGACCCUAUGCAUGGGAACACCAUCAAGGCUCCUUGUGGUCUCAAAACUCGGCCAUUCGAUGCUAUCAGGGCGGAAGUGAGAGCCUUUUUCGAUGUACACGAGCAAGAAGGGAGUCAUCCGGGGGGAGUUCAUCUGGAGAUGACGGGCCAAAAUGUAACAGAAUGCAUCGGUGGGUCGAGAACUGUUACAUUCGACGAUCUGGGUUCACGAUACCACACCCACUGCGACCCUAGGCUCAAUGCUUCUCAAUCGCUGGAGCUUGCGUUCAUCAUUGCAGAGCGCCUAAGAAAGAGGCGGCUUGGAUCACAACGCCCUUCGGCAUCUGUUGGGCUAUAGAGUACAUGGAGUGGCUUCAAGGCCCCUGCAUGGUGUUGUUUUGUUGUUUUAAUUACCUGGAUGGUUGGAUGUAUUGCAGUGUCAUGUUUUUUGGAGGUUCUUCUUCUCCUAGUUUAAAUGUUUGUUGUGCCAUGUAUGUGUAUACCUGAAGAAAGUAAUGGUUCGAGAAGAGAUGAAAUAAAAGCAAAAUGUCAUGGCUACUGGCUGCGUGGUUUCUCUAUUCA